CUCACACUCAUAUAUAGCUAGCUUUGCUCCUUUCCAUCUCCUUGCAAAAGAUUGCAUCAAAGAAGAUAGACCUGAAGCAAGAACACAGCUUGUGAUUAAUUAAUCUCAACACAGCCAGCAGCAGCAGCAGCAGCAGCUUAAUCAUAGUCGAGGAGAGAUCGAUGGUGACCAGCAAGGAGUUUGCAAGGGAGGCCAUGGUGGUGGACAAGAUAAAGACCGACGGCGAAGUGCUGCUCGCCGGCGGCGGCGACGAGGAGGAGGAAGGAGACGUCGUGCUCCCGGGGUUCAGGUUCCAUCCGACCGACGAGGAGCUGGUCACCUUCUACCUCCGCCGCAAGGUGGCGAGGAAGUCUCUCAGCAUAGAGAUCAUCAAGGAGAUGGACAUCUACAAGCACGAUCCUUGGGAUCUCCCCAAGGCGAGCACGGUGGGUGGAGAGGAGUGGUACUUCUUCUGCCUGAGAGGGAGGAAGUACAGGAACAGCAUCAGGCCCAACAGGGUGACCGGCUCAGGGUUCUGGAAGGCGACCGGGAUCGACCGGCCGAUCUACUCCGCCGCCGCGGUCUCCAGCAACUCCGGCGAGUCGAUCGGGCUCAAGAAGUCGCUCGUCUACUACCGCGGCAGCGCCGGCAAGGGCACCAAGACCGACUGGAUGAUGCACGAGUUCCGCCUCCCGCCGGCGGCCGCCGCCGCCAACGCCUCCCCCUGCAUGCAAGAAGCGGAGGUCUGGACCAUCUGCAGGAUCUUCAAGAGGAGCGUCACCUACAGGAAGCAGCAGCAGGUCUGGAGGCCGCCGGCGCCGGCGACGGUGACCAUCAAGGCUCCGCCGCCGGGAGACUCGAGUUCCAACACGGGCAGCUUCGAGUCGGACGGCGGCGACGAGUACAUGAACCGCGGCCUGGCUCCGGCCGUCGCCGCCCAGCAGCAGCAGCACGGCCGUCAGACGGGCACGAUGAGCCACGGCGGCUUCUUCUUUAGCGACAGCGUGCAUCAUCACGGUCACAGCCACCACAAGCUUCACCAUGGUCAAUGGGGCUCCCUGCAAAUGGCGCCGGCGCCGGAGCAGAAGCCUCUGAACACGUCGACGCCGAUGACGAUGAUCGCCUUCCACCACCAGAACGAUCAUAGCUUCGCCUCCGCCUCGGCCACCGCCGCCGCCGCCGCGGCGACCGAUUUCUACAAGGAUGGGUACUUGGCAGAGAUUGCGAGGAUGAUGGAGGUGGCUGAUCCAAGCCCCACAGGAUUCUUUGACUGUAGAUACGCUUGAUCAGUAGGAACGAGUGAACAACUGAAGACUUUCAGAGGGUAGAUGCUAGGGGUUCAGAUCCUCUCUGCAGGUGCAGUACUGCAGAUGAUCCCAUUUGAGAUACCGUAGAUGUGCAAAAUUCACAAACAAGACCAAUGCCCCGUUGUGUGAGAGGCUGACAUGUAGGGCCCGUACCGCAGAGGCCGCAGUAGUCUUCUAGGUUUUGCCUGCAGAGUUUUCUGGUUGUAAUUUAGCUUCAUGAUCUAAUAUAUACACAGCAGAUGGGUUGUGAAUUGUCAUAAUAGGUAUCUGUUGUGUCACUUAUUGUGUCUGUGCUGCCUAUGAAAAUGUGUGCUAGCCUAGUACAUGAAUCAUUUUCUUUUGGAUCAACAUGAAUCAGGUUGAUUUGAUAAAAGAAAUCAUCAA